AUGCUCCCUCUGCAGGGUAUGGCGGGGGAGACGGAGCAUUCGGGAAGAACAGUGACCUCGGGGAGGAGGACAUGCAGGCUCGGGGGAGUUGAGAAUCAGAUCAACAAACAGCAACUUCACCACAUCGAAAGCAUAUUCAGAGAGUCUGACACGGAUGGAGGAGGGGGGUGAGUGACCUGACCAUAUUUUUCCUCCUCCCCAUAACUAGUGGUCUACUCCAGUAUCAAUUUUAGCCCCUAGUGGAUCCCUGCCAGUUUCACCCACCGGCUGCACAUUUUUACAUAGUGUUGUCAUACAAACAGGCAUAGCAUUGAGUCAUUCUCUAUGUCAUGGUUGGAUAUGGAUCAGUUUCGUGAUGCGAUGUGGAUGAUGAGGAUCUGGACAUUAUCUUUAUGAAGGUGGACACCAACUGUGAUGGCAGUGUGGACUGGGUGAGAGAGGAAAACAAGACAAUGAAUGGGAGUGCUGUUUUAUCAUCAGUUGACCAACUCCUCUGACGAACGCCGUUACAGAAUCACCCACCACAACUGGACCAAGCGGCGUGUCAACAGGCAGCGACAGCAGAAGCAGCGAAAGGAGGAACGGACAUGGGAGGAUGAAUUGUUCGGAGAAGGACCCUGGGAUCAGCCUGGAGAAUAUCGCCACCCCAAAGAAGAACUGGAGGCGGAGAGAGCUGAGAGGCGCUGGUAUGAGGAGAAGCAACAGCGGCAGCAGGAGCAACAAUAUCGGGACUACACUACUUGGGAGGAAAUAGACAGGUGGGCGGUCGACCCAGAGAGAGUGCCGGAGCCCGCCUGGGAUUCGCUGGAGCAGUGCGAAGCAGGUUAUAGGAGAAUGGAGUUGGAGAGACAAGCACGGCGGCGUGGAAGGAAGCCCGAGAGUCACAGCAUUUCAGGACAGGCAUACAAACAGAAAGUGAGACGUCACCUUCUGUUCCUUGGCUCUGACCUCCAACCUUCAGCAGUCAAGAGCAGUUGA